AUGACGGCUGAAAGCGAUAAUAGUGCGAACGAAAAUAACCAUUCUGAGGAAGAAACACAGGUUGAGGAGAAUGUCGAAGGGCUAGAAGAAGACAAUGUUACAUUCAAAGAUUUAGGCGUAGUAGAUGCAUUAUGUGAGGCUUGUGAAGAACUUAAAUGGAAGAAACCCUCGAAAAUUCAAAAAGAAGCCAUCCCAGUGGCACUUCAAGGCAAGGAUGUAAUUGGUUUAGCUGAAACUGGCUCGGGUAAAACAGGAGCAUUUGCCCUGCCAAUUCUGCAAGCCCUACUUGAAAGUCCACAGAGGUACUUUGCCCUAAUCCUCACUCCUACAAGAGAGUUGGCAUUUCAAAUAUCAGAACAGUUUGAGGCCCUCGGUGCAAGCAUAGGUGUCAAAUGUGCUGUCAUUGUUGGUGGUAUGGACAUGGUAGCUCAAGCUCUGACCCUUUCAAAGAAACCUCACAUCAUUAUAGCAACACCCGGAAGAUUGGUUGACCAUUUAGAGAACACAAAGGGUUUUAAUCUUAAGGCUUUGAAAUAUCUUGUUAUGGACGAAGCUGAUCGAAUCUUGAACAUGGACUUUGAAGUGGAAGUUGACAAAAUCCUACGCGUUAUACCCCGUGAGCGUCGCACGUUCUUAUUUUCUGCCACAAUGACCAAGAAAGUUCAGAAGUUGCAGAGAGCCUCCUUACAAGAUCCUGUCAAAAUCGAGGUCUCUACUAAAUAUCAGACCGUUGACAAACUACAGCAGUACUAUGUGUUUAUACCUGUGAAAUAUAAGGACGUGUACCUAGUACACAUUCUCAACGAGAUGUCGGGCAAUUCGUUUAUCGUGUUCGUGGCAACGUGCGCGGGCGCACUACGCACCGCGCUCCUUCUACGUGCGCUGGGCGUGCCCGCCGUGCCUCUGCACGGGCAGAUGUCACAGCACAAGAGACUGGCCGCGCUCAACAAGUUCAAGAGCAAAGCGCGUUCGGUGCUUAUCUGCACAGAUGUCGCUUCUAGGGGUCUAGAUAUUCCACAUGUUGAUGUGGUGAUCAACCUGGACAUCCCUCUCCACAGCAAGGACUAUAUUCACAGAGUGGGAAGGACUGCAAGGGCUGGUCGGUCAGGGAAAGCCAUCACUUUUGUGUCUCAGUAUGAUGUAGAACUUUACCAACGAAUUGAACAAUUGAUUGGAAAGCAGUUACCACUAUACAAGACUGAGGAGAGCGAAGUGAUGGUAUUACAGGAACGCGUAGCUGAAGCACAGCGUCUCACUAAGAUUGAAAUGAAAGAGCUAGAGGACAAAAAAGGUGGAAAAGGCAAGAAACGUGGUGCAGAUUCUGAUGAUGACACAGAGGAGGCAGCCGGCGUCCGCAGACGCAUUAAGGGAAAACCCAAACAUGGUGGAAAAAAGAGACGUUAA